GAGUCCGCCUGCAUCGCGGAUCUGGGUUGGCUCCCUGGUGCUUCGAACACAUCCCAGGCGCGGUGCCUAGAUAAUUCGCCUGGUCAGCUUGUCUCCAUCGACGAAGUUGCUCUUAUCGACGAGAAUCUUAUCCUCGCUAGAUCCUCCCUGUACGCUCUUCCGUGGUGUACUGCCGCGUCACCGAGUUACCUGAGUAGGCCGCACCGCAUGUGGUAGAGCCUGUUUUGAAAAGUGGCUUACACCGCUGAUCUGGAAGAGUAUUUUUUAGGCGCCUCAAAGGUAGACCACAUGUGGGAGCGGCUUUACCGCUGAUCUGGAAGACUCGGAGGUCAGCUGGCGAGAAACAGGAGCGGAGACGAAGGGUGGCUCGGGAGUCGGGACCUUCCCUGUAGAAUACGCUUUGAGUGGAUCUAGGUGUAUUUUGAGUCGACUCAAAACACGCCCAGGGGUCAGCUCGCGAGAAACAGGAGCAGAAGCGAAGGGUGGCUCGGGACCUUUCCUGUAGAAUACGCUUCCAGUGGAUCUAGGAGACCUCGGCAAGUUAGUCGGCCGGUUACUUGGAAGUUAGUCGCUCUAGGAGAACUUGGCAAGUUAGCCGGCAGGUUAGUCGGCCGGCGAUGGCCGAUCCACAGGGCGGCAGCACGUCUGGCCGGCUGAAGCUGUUCACGCGACGGCCGAAGAAGUCACGAGAAGCGGCAGGAGGCGGACUCCCCCAGCAGCCCCCCCCACAGUCCGCUCCUCGGGGCCUGUUGUCCCUCUUCAACUUCCCUGCAGCGCCACCAGCCGGCCUUCCCCCUGGGUCUUCAGGGAUCCCCCACGGGUCGUCAGUGGCGGCUCCUCGCCCUCCUUUUCUCUAUCGCAUGCGAGGCGCCUUUGGGUUUCUUCUCGCACUCAACCUAGUGCUGGGAGGCUACAUGUUGUUUCGGGGAAAGGCCCUACUGAAGGACGCAGCACGAAUGCCGGACACAGCUGAUCCUGACGACGAGAAACGGCGCGGGAAAGCCUCAACCGGAGAGCCUAAAAGGGACGAAGCACCUAACUCCGCAGAAACGCCAGCUGCUGCUGCUGCUGCCGCUGCUGCUGCUGCUGGCACUGCCGGUAGUGCUACUGCUGCUCCUGCUACUGCUGAAAGUGCUGGAGAAGCUUCCCAUGCAGCUUCCUCUUCCAGCCCUCACAGGACGACGUCUGAGAUGCAGUCAUGGGACAUGGAGGCGAUGGUCGGGCCGGCAGGUGUGACUAUAACGGGGGAAGGUGCUGCUGAUGGUGCUGCAGGGGAAGGGCCUGGGGUGUCUGGGUUGGCUUAUACGGGCGGGCAGGUGUCGAAAAUUGAUCUCGAUGGGCAGCUGGAAGUUUUGAAGUGGAUUUUGGAGGCGAAGAGGCGGGAGCAGCAUGGGGCGAGCCGGGAGGAGAGGAGGAGGAUAGACGAGCAGAAGAGGUUGCUGAAGGACUAUAUCAAAGCCAAGAAGCACUUGCCACUCAAAGAUUUGUGAGGAUUCUAUGGUAGCAGUAGGUAGGCACAAAGUAGGAGAAGGAAGGACUAAAUCAAAGCCAAGAAGCAUUUGCCGCUCAAAGAUUCGUAAGAAAGGGUUCUAUAACAGCGAUAGGUACGCACUGCAGGCUGUUUUGGGGGCAUCUGAAUGAAAUAUACCUAUGUUCUAGCCAGGCCCUCAGAAGUCAGUC